AUGAGCGCCCCGCUGGCCCUGAGCGCCGCCUACCAGGCCUACCCCGCCGGGGGGGCGGCCGGCCUGGCGUUCCCCGACUUCUACUGGCCCGCGCCCGACGACCAGCUGCAGGGCCCCGAGGCGGCGGCGGCGGCGGCGCAGGGGCCCCUCCGGGACGCGGGUCUCUCCCCAGUGACCUCCACCUCCGGACUCCUUGCCCACUACACCCCAGACUCGGCCACCAGCCCCAGCGGGCACCCCUCUUCCCCACGCCCCUCUUCCGCCCCCCAGAGAUGCAAGGCAGACAGCGAGAGGGGGGGCAAGAAGAGCAAAAGCCGGACCACUUUCUCCCAGGAGCAGCUCCAAGUCCUGCACCUCCGCUUCCAGAGUCAGAAAUACCUCAGCCCUCAGCAGAUCCGGGAGCUGGGCUCAGCUUUGGGGCUCACCUACAAACAGGUGAAGACAUGGUUCCAGAAUCAGCGGAUGAAGUUCAAGCGAACCCAGAAGGAAACUCUGUGGAUGAAGAAAGGGAUGUGCCCUCCUCAGAACGGAUUCCAGCAGGCCAGCUGCUUGGACUUCAUUCCUCCUGCACAAGACUACUCCAGGAUCCCUAGUCGGAACAUCCAUCCUUUGGCCAACGUGCACGAGGGCUAUGCCAGCAACCAGAGCUACAGUGGCAGCCAGAACUACCCUAAUGACUACAACCCCCUGUACGGCAGCCCCCAGAGCUUCUACCCAGUCGUGGGGGGUGAGAAUGGGGGCUUCUUUGGGAAAGCCUCCGGCACCUGCUACGGCCAACAAGCCAUCAGCUACAUCAGCCAGCAGAAGAUGAACUUCUAUCGUGGCUUCUCAGCAAGCGUGGAAUAUGCCGCUGUGAAGAUGGAAGACGGCUACCCCUUCCCGAACGGAUCAUCCACUGCUGCGACCACCGCUUUCCCGGGUUCCUCCCUCCUCCAGCAUUACCAGACUCCGGGGGCCCAGAGUGGCUGUAACCCCUAGGCCUCAAGCCCCGCCCCUCCAUCCUUAGGUGCUCUGCUCUGUCACUUCUGUCUCUGUUCAUCUUUCCAACUCGAGACUGGAAAACUGAAAGAUGCCAGAUCAGCUCACUUAGUUCUUUCAGCUUUGCAUUUUCAAAGGCUGGCUCCUCCUUUCCAGGCCACACCCCUGCUGAUUUCUGAGCCCUGAAUGUGGCUUCCACCACAUCAGCCUUUGCAGGGAAAAGGCCGUUGUCAUUAAGGGGAAUGUUGAAACUGUGGCUUGCCUUAACCUGACCCUGGAACUAUGCUGUGUAGGUCCCUCUGCAAAAGCUGAGAAAUCUGACUCUUCCCUCCACCCUGUGCAAAAGCUGAAAGAAGCUGAUGGUUCAAACCUCCAUUCUUUCCCUCUUCUUUCCUUUCAGCUUCUUAAUGUUUAGCACUGUGCCUUGGUUUUUUAAACGCGUAAAGCAAACAUUUCAGAUUCUCUCCCCCCUUAGUGGUCUCUAAUGCCUCCUUUUUUUCUGAAGCGGCCCUUGAUUUUGGAACGGCAUACUUGUUAAGAAAGAAAUGACGAUUGGUACUUUUAACAGCUUGCCAAGGGAGGGGUUUUCAAGCAGGAGCUGUUUGUUCAGCCUUUAUGUGAGAAGACGCCGGGCAAAAGCCACCUUUUCUUAAGAGAUCUGUCCAACAGAUCCCACGAAAGCUUCUGAAGGUUCCUGUUCUUGAUUCCUUCAGCUCGAUCUCAGUAACACUUCUAAGGAGAACCAGAUGUUUUGUACUGGUAUAUAAGCUGUUUUCCUACAGAACAACAUGGCUGCCCUCUGCAGGUGUUAAAAACCUGUUGGCAGUGUGUGAAGCAUCAGCAACACCUUACAUCUUGCUCUGGUGCACUGGGCGUAGAUGACCAGGACUCCCUUUGCUGCAGUUAUCCCACAGCCAGGCACUCCCUCUUAACAGGAGGCUGACUGGAGCUUGGAAACUGCCAAGAAACUGUCCUGCCUUUUUAACAGAGGAACCACAGCAGCUUUUCAAUGGCAGGGAAAUAACAAUUAUGUAGUAAAUGACACGCUGAUAGAUGAAGAUGUUUCUGUCUAUGGCAGUAGAACAGGGCAGAAGCACCUUAAAGACUUAACGUUGGUGGCAGGGGAGGAACUUUUGAGAGUCCUGGAAGCUGCCACAAAUGUUGUCUUUAAGGGGCCACUGGACUCUUAACUCUUCCAAUGCCGAAUGACAUGCUGCUAAGUUUCUGUUGGAAGGGGGAGGGAAUGCCACCCCCCAUGGUUGGCAACCCAAACCGGGCAACCUCAUUUCCCUUGUAGAAAUCAUAGAAGAGACUUGCCCUCAUGCCGAAUCUCUCCCCCCAAAUUUACUGUGCAAGAAUGUAUCUGGGUGAACCGCGCCCUCUUUCUAGGGCAUCUGUUACAGCCGAAAGCUGGCAAAGCUUAUUUCUGGGAUGAGUAUGGGUGUGUUUUAUUGGGAGUUGUGCAGUGCUUGAUUUUGUUUUCAGUUAGCUUUAUUUAGCAUGUCACCGUGAAGCGGUAAUGGGGGGGCGGGCUUUAAUGGGAGUGAGAAACACUGGCAGGUCAGUGGACUGAGUCUGGAUCCGAGCGAAAACAGACGCGUGGACGAGAUUUGCGCUUUCCUGGAGGAAGCCUGGAGUUAUUCUCCUGUUAAAUGUUGGUUUUUAAAGAUUUUACGUUCAUCGUGUCUUUCCUGUGUCAUUGUGAAAAUUUGCAUGUCGUAACUCCAUUAAAUGGCCCCAUGUUGUAACUCCCA